AACCUGCAGGAGAACCAGAUCCAGGUGAUCCGCACCGACACCUUCAAGCACCUGCGGCACCUGGAGAUCCUGCAGCUGAGCCGCAACCUGGUGCGCAAGGUGGAGGUGGGCGCCUUCAACGGGCUCCCCAACCUCAACACGCUGGAGCUCUUCGACAACCGCCUGACCACCGUCCCCACGCAGGCCUUCGAGUACCUCUCCAAGCUGCGCGAGCUCUGGCUGCGCAACAACCCCAUCGAGAGCAUCCCGUCCUACGCCUUCAACCGCGUCCCCUCGCUGCGCCGCCUCGACCUGGGCGAGCUCAAGCGCCUGGAGUACAUCUCCGAGGCGGCUUUCGAGGGCUUGGUCAACCUCCGCUACCUGAACCUGGGGAUGUGCAACCUGAAGGAGAUCCCCAACCUGACGGCGUUGGUGAGGUUGGAGGAGCUGGAGCUUUCCGGGAACCGGCUGGGCCGCGUCCGCCCCGGCUCCUUCCAGGGGCUGGGCAGCUUGCGGAAGCUGUGGCUGAUGCACGCGCGCGUGGCGGCGGUGGAACGCAACGCCUUCGACGACCUGAAAGCCUUGGAAGAGCUGAACCUGGCGCACAACGAGCUGGCCUCGCUGCCCCACGACCUCUUCGCCCCGCUGCACCGGCUGGAGCGCGUCCACCUGCACCACAACCCCUGGCGCUGCGACUGCGACGUCCUCUGGCUCA